AUGGCUCCCGACAAGCGGCACAACGGCGAUAUGGGACAUGGCUCCUCAAGGAUCAGCGACGACCGCAUGCUCUCCCAAGAUCAGUGGUGUCGCGAUAGCCAAAGGGCAGAUCAGCUUGAUGGACGCGGUAGCCUCAACACGUCCAGUGGACCCAACCACGAUCGGCGCGGGCCUUCUGCAACCGUCGCCGCCAACACCGCACCACGAGAUCCCUUCAGUUCAUGCUUGGAUACAGAGAAGCCCCCACAGACGCCCUACAGUGACAGGAAGCAACGGGUCCGACCUGAUACCCUCACCUCGAGACCAUCUGAGCAGCGACGUUCAAGUACCGACCGGGCGGCGAUCAUAGCAUUCCCGGACGUCUCCAGCAUUACCACCGACUACUGCGAUGCCCUCCUUCUGCCCACCCAUUUCCUCCGUCUGAGCAAGGUGCAGGCGGAGCUUGCGGCGGCAAAUGUCGAGAACAGCCCGAUCGCGACGGUUUCUAGGGCCGUCAACUUCUUACUGGCUAUUAACGCCUCCAACAAGCUGAACAAGCACCUCGCUUCGCCAGACAGCGAGUCCGUGCUAGGUCUCAUCAGCGAGGAAUCAGGCAACGCUUUUUCGAGGCUGGUUGAUAUCAUGCGCUGGGACAAGGUCGGCGAGAGCUCUUUCGAUAGCGGUACAAUGAGCUUCCAAGGGUGUUACAUGGGAUGGAUCGGCUAUCUCACUUCCGAAUCCGUCGUCAAGAGCGCGGACCUCAAGGCUGUCAGCUUCCUCUAUAGCUUAGUGAACGAGAACAUCGAGCGUAUCCUCGAGACACUCCGUAGCGGUAUCGUCUCAUGCGAGAUGGCCGAGUCAUACAAGGGCAAUUCGCUUCGUACAAACGCUGUCGAAAUUACGAGUGGCGUCCAGAUCUUCAGGUCGACUGCUAUUCUUCUCCGCAACUACCUCGCGCGGAUUGAAUCUGCUCCGACCAGUCAUCCUGAGCUGCCGUUGUUCGCUUCGUUCCUCUCGGAGUACUUCGAGUUCUGGGCAAGCGGUAUCCUUCAAGGUCGCUUCGAUGACAGCCUACGCAACAGCACCGAGGACCAGCAGACAUCCUUCAUUGGUCAGACGCGGGCGGAGAUACAUGCGCUACUGCGAAUUUUCAAACCCAGUCUCCAGGCUGCGCCGGUUCAGGCCGCGUCGACCAGACCAAAGCCAGCCAUCCCGGUCCAAAACACUGCUGCACCAGUCGAGAGGGACCCCAAUGGGCCUGGUGAAUUCUGUCAAGAGGGGCAGAGGCACGACAAUGAUCACGCCGAUAUCGCACGCAUCCAGAUAGCGCCUACUCCUGAUGAGCUCGCCUGCUCCAGAGACCCAUACUUGCCUAUGAAUUUCGCCGGUUCAGCUCAUCACCUGCCAGCGGAUAGCAUGGCGAAGAUACUUGACAUCAACUAUCGCUUACUCCGCGCCGAUAUCUUGAAUCCUUUACAAGCUUGCGUCAGGCACGUCAUGGAGGACCUCAAUCGGAAGGACUUCAAGGACACACAGACCGGCGGCAUCAUCAAAAUAGGCGGAGGUGUCUUCGAAUGCGAGUCGGCUGGUGGAGACUCAGUGCGAGUACAAUACAUGCCCCGCAAAGACAAGACUGACCAGUACAGCAAGCUAUCGAUCCUCACACACCUCGAAUACACCGACUGUCGCCUCCACUAUAGGCACGGACUGGUUGCACAGGUCCAGACCAACAGUCCCCCGGGGGACGCACGGAGCGGGAAUCUCUGGCAGCGUCGGCAGUACUGGAGGGGAGGGAAGCAGCUUUCUUGCGGCGGUCUUGUAGCUGUCGUGACCAAGGAGCCGGAUCUGCCGGCGAGCGUGGAGCUUGCGUUGGUGACGAGUUUUCCCGAUCAGAUACAGUUUCUCGACCGCAAACCCAUCGUCGGCGUCGAAUUCUCACUGUCUUUCAUCGAUUUCGCCGCAAGAGUGAAAGUUGCCCACAAGCUGCAAAGACAGAUAGGAGAUAAGAAGACAAUCCGCGUACUCAUCGACAGCUCAGUGCUGUAUCCGAGCGUCCAGCCCUUCCUUGAGGCGCUACAAACCGCCAAUCCACAUCAUUACCCGUUCGCCGAUUAUCUCAAACACACCGACUUUCUCCAGGAUGGCAUGGUCACCGCUCUCCCAUCCUACGCGAGAGAUCCCGGCUUUAUCUGGAAUCUCGACUCCCUCCUCCAGGACGAGCACAAGAGCGAAGUCUGCACUAUGGAUCCGAGGUCGGCUACUUCGGUACAAGCAGCGCGAGAGCGCAUGCGGAUGAUCGGCAAACUUGAUCCAAGUCAAUCCGACGCGGUCAUUGACGCCUUGACCAGUGAGGUUGUCGCUGUCCAAGGCCCCCCGGGUACCGGCAAGACUUUCACCGGUGUCGAGCUACUUCGGCUGCUCAUCACCAAUGAUGUGGGACCUAUACUUCUCCUCGCCCAGACCAAUAACACCGUCGACCAGGCCAUGAGAGCGGUACACGACAAGGACGUUACCAAAUCCAUGGUGCGACUCGGCGCGGGGAGCAAAGAUGCAACUGUCAGGGAGUACAACUUGAGUGAGCUGGAGAACUCGCAAGAGCGAUCGAGAUUAAGGUGCGAGAUUGGGAGAGCCUUGGGAAUCAUGCGCGCUCCCGAAGAGCAAAUGGAUGUACUCGCUGCUGAGAUCAUUCAACGACAACCCACCGAGAGCCAGAUCCUCUGCCAGCUCCGUGCUGAUUAUCCUGCGAUUCUAGACGACCUGGAGAAUCCAGUCGAAUGGAUCAAAGAAGUCGGGACGCUCUCCGUGGACAGGCACGACCGACGAGCCGACGCUGGCAGCUUCUGGCGCUUCUGGAAGCAAGGCCUCGAUCUGCAACAUCUCCGCAAUCUCGCCAAACAACCGGAGGGGCCGCCGGCGAGACCUAAGUCAGACCUCUCCGACCGAUUCGCCGCACUUCCCCCUCCCUCGCUCCCCGCACCAUACCUCUCACCAACUUCUUCCGCUGUGGUGGGCGGUCGGCCAUUAUGCCCUACGCCUACUCAGCCACAGUCACGCCUGUCACAUGCUAUGGGCUCGACCGGUCAUCCUCCCAAUUCCCGCAGCUCGGACGAGCUCGCGCAUGACAGCUUAUGGCGCUCCGGUACGUCCGAACCGAGCCUUGCGAAUGUACUGCGGGAUCCAGUGUCCUUCUGCUCACGGUUCGGAUUCGCGAAGCUGCCAACGAUCCCUCAGACCAGCCGAAACCUCGAUGUACUGCUUGCCGAUGGCGACAUCUGGUCAUUCUCGAUGGACGAACGCCAACGGAUCGCAACUGCCGUCACAGAGAAGGCCAAGGGAGAGGUGCCCGCGGAGCUCCUGGCGAGGUUCGGGGAUCUUGUCAGGAGGCACGACAACGCGAGACAGAGCCACGAAGAGGCUCAGGCAAAUCACCGAGUCUUCAUUCUGCAAGACAUCAAGUUGAUAGGAUCGACUACCGCUGGCGCUGCGAAGCUCGCGUCUGUUCUCAAGAGAUAUGCGCCAAGAAUCUUGAUCAUCGAAGAAGCCGGUCAAGUGCUCGAGGCCCACAUCCUGGCGACGCUUUUCCCCAGUGUCCAGCACCUCAUCGCGAUCGGGGACCCCAAGCAGCUACGCCCGUCCGUCAGUCAUGGUCUGUCAGCCGAGAAUCCCAGAGGCGGCAAGAUGUACCGCUUCGACAUCAGCUUGAUGGAGCGCCUUACCGACGGAGGUCUCCCGAUGAGCCAGCUGCAGAUCCAGCGCCGGAUGAGGCCGACUAUAUCCUCUUUGAUCAAGAACACCUUGUACCCAAAACUGCAAAAUCACGAAGCGGUAUUGGCGUAUCCGGAUGUACGGGGGAUGGGGAGAAAUGUCUACUUCCUUGAUCAUCGCCAUCGAGAAUCCCAAGCUGGUGAUGAUGGGUCUAGCAAGUGCAAUGAACAUGAGGUGGCUAUGGCUCGCGAUCUGGCGCUUCACCUGCUGAAGCAAGGUCCGUACUCGGAGCCCGGAGAUAUUGUGAUCCUGUGUGCAUACCUCGGACAACUAGACAAGAUGAAGCUAGCCUUCAGGGGACAAGUCACGAUCAUGGUCGACGAGCGAGAGCAAAGCGAGCUGGACAAGCUGGCGCCCAGAGGCGGGGAGAAUGUAGGCGUGCUCAAGGAAGCUGACUUUGCACAGCAAGUCUUGCUUCGGACCAUCGACAAUUUUCAAGGCGAAGAAGCAAAGAUUAUCAUCCUCUCCCUGGUUCGCAACUCUGGCCAAGGAACGCAAAGCUUCGCAUCCUCCUCGACCAUCGGCUUCCUCAAAUCUGACAACCGCACCAAUGUCGCUUUAUCUCGCGCCAAGCAUGGCCUCUACAUCCUCGGGAAUGCCGUCCAAUUCGCCGCUGGAAGCUCAAUGUGGAAGACGAUCGUCGAAGAGCUCGAGGCUAGCCACUCCAUCGGUGACGGGUGGCCAAUCGCAUGCGCUCUCCAUCACGAUAACGUGGCUCAUGCCAGGCAGCCUGGACAGAUAUCGCAAUUUGCGCCUGAUGGGAUCUGCUUGCUUCAAUGCGACGAGGACUUGCCAUGCGGUCAUCGAUGUCGCCGAAAGUGUCACCGAGACGACCGUGAACACAAGCUCGUCAAGUGCUACGGACGUUGCCUUCUCAGACAGGCGAUCUGCGGACACCCCUGCGCCAAGCGCUGCGGAGAGGAAUGCGGGGAGUGCGAUGUGCCCCGCAAGGGAGUCUCGCUGCCGUGCGGUCACAUCGCAGACGUCGCUUGUCACCAGACUCGAGCGCUCGCCCAAGUCAAGUGUAGCGGAAAGGUGCCCAAGCCGUCCACAGAUCGAGCUCGCAUCGCUCUUCGAUCGGAAGUCGAGUACCUCGAAGCCAAUUUCGACUACUUCCGGAAUGCAGCUGCUGUAUGGCUCGCAGAUCACCAUACUCGCAAGGAAGUUGCCAGCAUGCUGGAUGGCGAGUACGAGAAGGCAAAGUUGAGAUUGGAGGACAAGUUCGAAAAGAUCAUGGGCAAGGUGGGCGACAGCGAGGACUUUCGCGUGUGGGCGAUCAGGGUGGUUGGACCGGUCGUCAAGGAUUACCUGCAAGAUUGGGAGAAGUUUACGGAGAGUGUCAGGCAAUCGGCGGUGCAUCGACCGAUGGCUAGAAUGGGGAGGCUGGCGAUAGCCGAGGCAACGGCGGAGGCUUCGCAUGGCUACAUAGAGAAGCUCUACGUGUAUCGGUAA